AUGGCGGAAGACCCCAGUGGUGCUGACAGGGACGUGGAGAUCUGGAAGAUCAAGAAACUCAUUCAGAGCUUGGAGGUAGCCUGUGGGGCGUGGCCGACCGAAGGCGUGACUCUGGGGGCCGAGUACAUCCGGCCGGGCGCUAUAAGAGCCCAGGCCUGCGUCCUGCAGCUCACUGCGGGUUCUUCUCUGUUCGCGACAGGUGCGGUUCCCCGGCCCACGCUCUGGAUCUACAUCUGGUGCGACUGCUCCUGUCGGCUGCGGUCCCUGAGGGCCCCUCGAGGGCACAUUCACUGCCUGUCUGGUGUACCGGAGUCCCCAGACCACGGCCUGAUCUGGGCACCCGCGAACGUCGGUGGAAGAGAUGGAAGGAUGCGGAGAACGCAGAACGUGAGGAGCCUGAGUCAGAGCGCCUGGGAUCUCACAACUGAAGAUCCAGUGCAGUCAUCAGGAACAGGAGAGAUGGAUUCCUUCCUCCAGGAAAUUGAGGAGUUACUCCAAGGCUUCUGUGAGCCACAUAAGGAAGAGGCAAAAACCCCAGCUGUGCCACAGCCACAGCUCUAUGUGCCUCUGACUACCCAUGGUGGGGACAGUCAACAUGGGUCAACCCAGAGCCAGGUGAUGCCUCCCUUGAGGCCCACAGUGAUGACUUUUGCAUGUUCUAACAUUGCUGGGACAUUUCUUACCCAGAACUCAACAGCAGCCCCUGUUAAAGCCCUUGAUAUGCCCCUUGGAUACCUAAGUGAGACUUUUUCCAUGAGCGAGAAAGUAACUUCCUUUGAUCAGAUGAAACCCACAGCAGGCUCCCAGAUGGCGGAAAUCACUGACAUCCCAAGGACAUCACUCACUGAUUGCCAGAAGACAACCAUCACUGCAAGCGAGGUGCUCAUCUCCAGUGAAGGUAGCCAGAUGAAGACCCUAUGUGGUGACCAAACCCUCAGUGGGAACCAGAUGACAACUCUAUGUGGAGAUCAGAUGAAGACCCUCAAUGAUAACCAGAUUCUCUAUGGAAACCAGAUGGCAGCUCUUACACAGGGCCAUGUGAUGACCUUCUGUGGUGACCACACACUCACUGAAGGCCAUACAAUGACUUCCAGUGGUGACCAGAUGACAAACUUUAAAGGGGGCCAGAUGUUGACCUCCAUUGGUAACCAGACCCUCUAUGGAGAUCAGAUGAUGACCUCCAGUGGUGACCAGACCCUGUAUGGGAGUCAGAUGACAACGUUCGGUGGUGACCAGAUCCUCUAUGAGGGCCAGAUAACAGCCUCCGGUGGUGACCAGACCCUCAGUGGUAACCAGAAAACAACCUUUAAAGGAGGCCAGAUGAUGACCUCUGUUGGUAACCAGGCCCUCCAUGGGGGUCAGAUGAAGACCUCUGGUGGUGAACAGACCCUCAGUGGUGAGCAGAUGACAACCUUUAAAGGGGACCAGAUGAUGACCUCCAUUGAUUACCAGACCCUCUAUGGGGGUCAGAUGACGACCUCCAGUGGUGACCAGACCCUCUAUGAGGGUCAGAUGAUGAUCCUUAAUGGAGGCCAUAUGACAACCUUCACUGAUGACCAUGCUCUCUAUGGAAGCUAUAUGAUGUCCUAUCCAUCCUUAUCAUUGCCAUAUCCAGGAUUCCUAUACUUUUCAAGUCCCCAUUUGAUCCAAGCACAACUCCCAGAAAUGCAGAAGUGUAACUUCAAUAUCCCAGGCUGUCAGUUCCAGAAUAAUCCUGACAUCUUGAAGCCCUACAUCUGCACCUACCAGGACUGUAGGAAAUCUUAUUUAAGGUCUUCCCACCUCCGAAUCCAUGAGCGGAAACACACAGGGGAGAAGCCCUACGUCUGCAAUGUGACAGGAUGCACAUGGAAAUUCUCCCGCUCGGAUGAGCUCAGCAGACAUAAGAAAACGCACAGUGGGGAGCGGCCCUACCUGUGUUCUAAAUGCUACAAGAAUUUUGCCCGAUCCGAUCACCUAAAGCAACAUCAGAGAAUCCACAGAUAAUUUUCACCCAGGACUGUGAACCUCUCAGCCCAUAAGGAAAUGUGUACAGCCAAAAGAUUCUCCCUACUGAACAUUUGUUUCCUUGGUACCCAGCACUGUGCCAGCACAUAGCAGAUGCUUAAUAUUAUUUGUAAACUUUUUCUAGUUUUGUUUUUUUCUAAAACAAUACAAAGAAAAAAAGGGGGCUGACCAGUUGGCUC